CCCGCCCUUUUUCGACAACCGUUUUUGCCGGUAUAAUUUUAGAGUUUCCCGCCGUAUUUUAUUCCAUUUUAUUCUUGAUCGUGCUUGGGUGUUGAUCGUUUGUGUUGUAUUCUUGAAUAAUUCUUAAACAUGUCUGGCAGAGGUAAAGGUGGAAAAGCAAAGCAGAAACAGAAGACUCGUUCCAGUAGAGCUGGUUUACAAUUUCCAGUUGGUCGGAUUCAUCGACUUUUGAGAAAAGGUAAUUAUGCUGAACGUGUUGGUGGAGGAGCUCCGGUGUAUUUGGCAGCUGUAAUGGAGUACCUCGCUGCUGAAGUAUUGGAGUUGGCUGGUAAUGCGGCUAGGGAUAAUAAGAAGACCAGGAUUAUACCUAGACAUUUGCAACUGGCUAUAAGGAACGAUGAAGAAUUGAAUAAACUUCUCUCUGGUGUAACUAUAGCCCAAGGUGGUGUGUUGCCAAACAUCCAAGCAGUUCUUUUACCGAAGAAAACUGGGUCUGGAGCUGGCAAGAGCCAGUCUCAAGAUUACUAAGAGAAUGUAUUUCGUUAUUUUAAUUAAUGUAGUUGUAAUAAUUUUUCUAUCUGUUUAUGAUUGUUAUCUAUAUUAAUUGUAAUUUUUUCGUACUUUAAGUUAAUUGUAAGCAUUUGCCAUUUAGUUUUUUUAAAUAAAGUUUCAUGUGUUAAGAUUAUA